AUAAGGCUUAGUUUACCUUAACUUUUCGACGUUUAAAUCAUUUUCUAAUUAGCUAUGGGCGGUGCAUAUAUUAUUCUCCUGGCAUGUUGUGCAAGUUGCUAUGCAGCGUCGGAUCUUGAAAUAUUCCAAAGCCUCGUUCUGGACAGACUGAAUACCCUUGAAGGAAGAGUCGCUGAACAGAAUGGCUUGAUAACAUCCCAGCAGUCCGUUAUAGAAGCAUUACUGAAAACUGUCUUCAGCAAAGAUGAAGAACUUAAGGAUAUCAUACACCGCCCAAGUCGUUUUGUGCUAGAAAGUGGGGAUGGACCCGUUGCCUUUACUGCUGCAAUUCAGCCGAGAGUCCAGGACCACGUGGGAGCUAACGCAACCGUCAAGUUCGAGACCGUAAUUACUAAUUUAGGGGGCGGUUACAACAAUACUACUGGCGUCUUCACCGCUCCUUUACCUGGGCUUUACAUGUUCAGUUGUUCUCUACUGGAUCACUUUGAUGGUAAACACGGAAGCGCCAAGCUGCACGCAGAAAUAGUGCAAAAUGAUAAGAUCCUCGGAAGAGUGUUUGCACAUGCAGACGAUACCAACAGAGAUCAAGGUGCAAACACGGUUUUUGUGCAGGUAAACCAAGGUGACCGCAUCUUCAUCAGAAGUGUGGACAACAAUGAUCUCGCACUUGGUGGUGAAAUGUACUCUACAUUCUCCGGAUAUCUGUUGAUGCAACUUUAAUUCCAUUGAUUUUGUUAAGUCUAUAUCUGUUUUAGUGAAAUAAUGAAACAAUGAAAAUUAUGCUUCUCCUAAAUAGCUGAUACUAUUUUGUUAGCACUUAGAACUCCAUUAUGUUUAAACCUGCGGAGAAAAAUGAAACGUAACACGACUUGCGUUUACUCGUUUCUGCGGGACAUCAUCCAGCAAACAGAAACAGAAAUAUGAAAUUCUAACUUGGAAUUAUAUCUAAAAUCAAAAUUAAAAGUCUCUUAACUUUA